AUGAGACCAGAGAUUGAGCAAGAGUUAUCUCACACGCUUUUAACAGAGUUAUUGGCAUACCAAUUUGCCUCUCCAGUUAGAUGGAUCGAGACCCAAGAUGUCUUUUUGAAACAGCACAAUACAGAAAGAGUGGUGGAAAUUGGUCCAUCCCCAACUUUGGCUGGUAUGGCUUCGAGAACUAUCAAGGCGAAAUACGAGUCAUACGAUGCUGCAUUGUCUUUACAACGUCAAGUUUUGUGCUACUCCAAGGAUGCUAAGGAAAUUUACUACAAGUCAGAUCCAGUUGAAGUGCAAGAACCAAAGAAGGAAGAGCCAAGUGCACCUGCUUCACAAGCACCUGCUGCUGCACCAACUCCAGCCCCUGCGCCUGCUGCUGCUGCGCCUGCUGCUGCACCUUCCGGUCCUGUUGACUCUGUUCCAGAUGAACCAGUCAAGGCUUCACUCUUGAUCCACGUUUUGGUUGCUCAAAAAUUAAAGAAACCAUUGGAUGCUGUACCAACAUCAAAGGCCAUCAAGGAUUUGGUUAAUGGUAAGUCCACAGUGCAAAAUGAGAUCUUGGGUGAUUUGGGUAAAGAGUUUGGCUCAACUCCUGAAAAGCCCGAGGAUACUCCAUUGGAGGAAUUGGCUGAACAAUUCCAAGACACAUUCUCUGGCCAAUUGGGUAAGACUUCUACUUCCCUUAUUGGUAGAUUGAUGUCCUCCAAAAUGCCUGGUGGUUUCUCAAUAACCUCGGCUAGAAAGUACUUGGAAGCAAGAUUUGGCUUAGGAGCAGGAAGACAAGACUCUGUCUUGUUGACUGCUUUGUGUAAUGAACCAGCCAACAGAUUAGGUUCCGAGGCCGAGGCCAAGGCGUACUUUGACACUGUCGCUCAGAAGUACGCUUCUCAAGCUGGUAUCUCAUUAGCAUCAGCAUCAUCUGGUGGAGCUGGUGGCGCUGGUGGUGCCGGUGGUGCGGUUGUUGAUAGUGCUGCAUUAGACGCAUUGACUGCCGAAAACAAGAACUUGGCAAGACAACAAUUGGAAGUUUUGGCUAGAUACCUCCAAGUUGACCUCAACCAAGGCGCCAAGUCUUUUAUCAAAGAAAAAGAGGCCACCGCCGUCUUGCAAAAGGAAUUAGACUUGUGGGUUGCAGAACAUGGAGAAUUUUACGCCAAUGGUAUCAAACCAGCUUUUUCACCAUUAAAAUCAAGAACCUACGAUUCAUACUGGAAUUGGGCUAGGCAAGAUGUCUUAUCCAUGUGGUACGAUAUCAUCUUUGGAAAAUUGACCUCAGUCGACAGAGAAACCAUUAACCAAUGUAUUCAAAUCAUGAACAGAGCCAACCCAACAUUGAUCAAGUUUAUGCAAUACCACAUUGAUCUUUGUCCCGAAUAUAGAGGUGAAACUUAUCGCUUGGCCAAAAAAUUGGGUGAACAGUUGAUCGACAACUGUAAGCAAGUUUUGGGUGAAGACCCAGUUUACAAAGAUGUGACAAAGAUUACAGGUCCAAAAACCACUGUUGGCGCCAAAGGUGAAAUUGUUUACGAAGAAGCCAACAAAGAAUCGGUUAGAAAAUUUGAACAAUAUGUCUACGAAAUGGCCCAAGGUGGUCCAAUGACCAAGAUUAGGCAACCAACAAUCCAAGAAGAUUUGGCUAGAGUCUACAAAGCCAUCUCUAAACAGGCUUCAAGGGAUAGCAAGUUGGAAAUACAAAAAGUUUACGAUCAAUUGUUGAAAGUGGUUGCUGCCUCAGGUGAAAUUGAAACCGAAACGGCUACAAAGGAUGCUUUGGCAUUGGCCACUGGUGCUAAUACACCAACCGAGGAAGACGAAUUGUCGACAGCAUCUGAUGAUGACGAAAUUGCUUCGUUGCCAGAUAGAAAGACUUCUAUUGUGCAACCAGUGUCUUCAUACAUUCCAUCACAAACAAUCCCAUUCUUACAUAUUCAAAGUAAAAAACAAACGGGUGAUUGGGAAUACGACCGCAAAUUGUCUUCACUUUAUUUGGAUGGAUUGGAGUCUGCUGCUAUUAACGGUUUGACUUUCAAAGGUAAACAAGUUUUGGUUACUGGUGCAGGUGCAGGCUCAAUUGGUGCCGAAAUCUUGCAAGGUUUGAUUAGCGGUGGUGCCAAGGUGAUUGUUACCACAUCAAGGUUCUCCAAAAAAGUAACUGAGUACUACCAAAAUAUGUAUGCUAGAUACGGUGCUGCUGGAUCCACAUUGAUUGUUGUUCCAUUCAACCAAGGUUCUAAACAAGAUGUUGACGCUUUAGUAGAUUACAUUUACAAUGAUCCUAAGAAGAAUGGUUUGGACUGGGACUUGGAUGUCAUUAUUCCAUUUGCUGCUAUUCCAGAAAAUGGUAACGGUAUCGACAAUAUUGACUCGAAAUCAGAAUUCGCUCACAGAAUCAUGUUGACCAAUCUUUUAAGAUUGUUGGGUGCUGUCAAGUCAAGAAAGACUACAGACACUAGACCAGCUCAAUGUAUUUUACCAUUAUCUCCAAAUCACGGUACUUUUGGUUUUGAUGGGUUGUACUCUGAGUCAAAGAUCUCUUUAGAGACUUUGUUCAACAGAUGGUAUUCUGAAGAUUGGGGAACCAAAUUGACCAUUUGUGGUGCAAUCAUUGGUUGGACCAGAGGUACUGGUUUGAUGAGUGCCAACAAUAUCAUUGCCGAAGGUAUUGAAAAAUUGGGAGUUAGAACUUUCUCCCAAAAGGAGAUGGCUUUCAACAUCUUGGGUUUGUUGACUCCAGAAUUGGUUAAAUUAUGUCAAGAAGAGCCAGUUAUGGCAGAUUUGAAUGGUGGCUUACAAUUUAUUGACAACUUGAAAGAGUUUACCUCUAAAUUGAGAAAUGAUUUGACUGAAACUGCCGAGAUUAGAAGAGCUGUUUCCAUCGAGUCCGCUAUUGAACAAAAAGUCAUUAAUGGUGAUAAUGUUGAUGCAAACUACAGCAAGGUUACAGUUCAAGCCAGAGCUAACAUGAAGUUUGAUUUCCCAACUUUAAAAUCCUAUGAUGAUAUCAAGCAGAUUGCUCCAAAUUUGGAAGGUAUGUUGGACUUGGAAAACAUUGUUGUUGUUACCGGUUUUGCUGAAGUUGGUCCAUGGGGUAACUCCAGAACCAGAUGGGAGAUGGAGGCUCAUGGUGAAUUCUCUUUGGAAGGUGCUAUUGAGAUGGCAUGGAUUAUGGGAAUGAUCAAAUACCACAAUGGUAUGUUGAAGGGUAAGCCAUACACAGGUUGGAUUGAUGCCAAGACCCAAACACCCGUUGAAGAUAAGGACAUCAAGGCUAAAUACGAAGAGGAGAUUUUAGAACAUUCAGGUAUCAGAUUGAUUGAGCCAGAAUUGUUCCAUGGCUAUGAUCCAAAGAAGAAACAAAUGAUCCAAGAAGUUGUUAUUCAACAUGACUUGGAACCAUUUGAGGCUUCAAAGGAGACUGCAGAACAAUACAAGCACGAGCACGGUGACAAGUGUGAAAUCUUUGAAAUUGAAGAUAGUGGUGAGUACACUGUUAGAAUUUUGAAAGGUGCUACUUUGUUUGUUCCAAAGGCUUUGAGAUUCGAUAGAUUGGUUGCUGGUCAAAUCCCAACUGGAUGGGAUGCAAGAACCUAUGGUAUUCCAGAGGAUACCAUUAAUCAAGUGGAUCCAAUCACCUUGUACGUCUUGGUUGCUACUGUUGAAGCCUUGUUGUCAGCUGGUAUCACAGACCCAUACGAAUUUUACAAAUACGUCCACGUAUCCGAAGUUGGUAACUGUUCUGGUUCCGGUAUGGGUGGUGUGAGUGCCUUGAGAGGAAUGUUCAAGGAUAGAUAUGCCGAUAAACCAGUACAAAACGAUAUCUUGCAAGAAUCAUUUAUCAACACCAUGGCUGCAUGGGUCAAUAUGUUGUUAUUGUCGUCUUCCGGUCCAAUCAAGACCCCAGUUGGUGCUUGUGCCACUGCUGUCGAGUCUGUUGAUAUUGGUAUCGAGACAAUUUUGUCUGGUAAGGCCAAGGUUGUUAUGGUUGGUGGUUACGAUGAUUUCCAAGAAGAAGGAUCUUAUGAGUUUGCCAAUAUGAAUGCUACUUCAAACUCGAUUGAAGAGUUUAAACAUGGAAGAACUCCAAAGGAAAUGUCUAGACCAACGACUACUACAAGAAACGGUUUCAUGGAAGCUCAAGGUUCUGGUAUCCAAGUCAUCAUGACUGCUGACUUGGCCAUCAAGAUGGGUGUUCCAAUCCAUGCUGUUUUGGCCAUGACUGCUACCGCUACCGAUAAGAUUGGUAGAUCAGUUCCUGCUCCAGGUAAAGGUAUUUUGACCACUGCACGUGAGCAUCACGGCAAUUUGAAGUACCCAUCACCAAGCUUGAACAUCAAGUACAGAAAGAGACAAUUGCAAAAGAGAUUAGAACAGAUUCAAUCUUGGGAAGAGUCAGAGUUGGGUUACUUGCAAGAAGAAUGCGAAUUGGUCAAGGACCAAUAUGGUGAAGAAUUUUCGGAAUCCGAUUUCCUUAGAGAAAGAACCGAAGAGAUUUACCGCGAAUCCAAGAGACAAGUUUCAGAUGCUAAGAAACAAUGGGGUAACUCUUUCUACAAGUCUGAUCCUCGUAUUGCUCCAUUGAGAGGAGCAUUGGCUGUGUUUGACUUGACCAUUGAUGAUAUUGGCGUUGCAUCAUUCCAUGGUACCUCAACCGUUGCCAACGAUAAGAACGAGUCUGCCACUAUCAACAGUAUGAUGAAGCAUUUGGGUAGAUCUGAAGGUAACCCCGUGUUUGGUGUUUUCCAGAAAUACUUGACUGGUCAUCCAAAGGGUGCUGCUGGUGCUUGGAUGUUGAAUGGUGCUAUUCAAAUUUUGGAGUCUGGUAUCAUUCCUGGUAACAGAAAUGCCGACAAUGUUGAUAAGUUGUUGGAGCAAUACGAAUACGUCUUGUACCCAUCAAGAUCAAUCCAAACCGAUGGAAUUAAGGCGGUCUCAGUAACAUCAUUUGGUUUUGGUCAAAAAGGUGCCCAAGCAAUUGUUGUUCACCCAGACUAUUUGUAUGCGGUGUUGGACAGAUCAACUUAUGAAGGCUAUGCUGCAAAGGUUAAUGCAAGAAACAAAAAGACUUACCGUUACAUGCACAAUGCUAUAACCAGAAACACAAUGUUUGUUGCCAAGGACAAGGCUCCAUACUCUGACGACUUGGAGCAGCCAGUUUACUUGGAUCCAUUGGCCAGAGUUGAAGACAAGAAGAAUCAAUUGGUGUUCUCCAACAAGAACAUCCAAUCCAAAUCAUCGUACGUCACUGAAGUUGCCGAUAAAACUGCAAAAGCAUUAUCUUCAUUGAACAAGUCCUCCAAGGGUGUUGGUGUUGAUGUAGAAUUAUUAUCUUCCAUUAACAUUGAAAAUGAGACAUUUUUGGAAAGAAACUACUCCCCAGAAGAAAUUGCUUACUGUCAAAAAUCCAGCAACCCUCAAGCUUCAUUCACUGGAACUUGGUCAGCAAAGGAAGCGGCUUUCAAAGCAUUGGGUGUCAAGUCUCAAGGAGGCGGUGCAAGUUUGAUUGAUAUUCAAAUCUUGAGAGAUGCAAAUGGUGUUCCUAAAGUAGUUUUGGAAGGAGCAGCUAAAGAAGCCGCUACCAAAGCCGGUGUCAAAAACAUUAGCAUUUCCAUCUCACACGAUGAUUUUCAAGCCACUGCUAUUGCAUUGAGUGAGUUUUAG